AAAGCGCAGAGAGACACAGCAGUCUCCUGGCUGCAGAUCUCCUUGCAAAGGCCAGCUUCAUUGCCACAGUCCAAAAGAAACACGUAAGACAAUCCAUACAGUCAAGAAGUGUGUGAGCUUGUUUAUUUAUACUGAUAUAAAGAAAUCUGAUAGAAACGUCUGGACUUUCGAACCAACUGUGGACGAAUACAGACAAAACACUCUUAUGCACAAUGAGAAGCCGGAAGAAUAAAGCGGUCACGAAACUGAUUGUAAAAAUGAACUUUGCUAGACCCCACCAUGUUUCCCUUGCAAAAAAGAAAUCGGACAAACUCCCAGGAGAACAAAAAGAUGCAGACGCAAAAGGGACUUCUGCUCUUCUGAGCCAAAUUGCAGGAGAUGGAGUGGCAACCAAAUGCAUGAAAGCUGCCAAAACCCCAAAGAGGAGGCAGAAAAAGGGAACUACUAGUACAGAAAAGGAACCAAGAUUGAAAAACAAUCUGGGCAAGACCAAAAAGAAUGAAGGUUGCCUCACUGACGCACAGUUUGAGGAGAUUUUCCAGAGCGUGCUUCGAAAGGCUUUGCAGGAGAGCCUUGAAAACUCUGGGAAGAAAGCUUUUCCAGCAGAGCUUACUGAGGAAGGAGGCCCAAGAAGGGAGACUUUGGAGGUAUCUCUGGCUACCAAGGAAGGCGUCUCCAAAAAUAAAAGUGAGGAGAACAGCAAGGCAGUCCUUUUAGGAGCAGAAAAGGAUCAUGAGCUCAAAAUGAAGAAACACAGCAAACUCUCUGCAAGCAAGAACAGAAAGGGGAAAGAUGUGAGACCAGGAGCAGACAAUGGAGGGUGUAAGGAAAAACGGAAAGCAGCGCUCAAGAAAAAAGUUCAAGGCAACGCCCGAGUCAUCAUUGACCCAGAGGAAAUGCAGCAGGAGCAGAAGGCAGACGGAGGAGGAAGUAGUGGCAAGUGGUGCAUUGCAUGGGCCCAGUGCUCUUACCCAAACUGUGAGAAGUGGAGGCGGCUCCGCAAUGACAUAGACCCAAUGCUUCUGCCCGAGGACUGGUCCUGUAGUCAGAACCCAGAUCUCCAGUACAACAGCUGCAGCAUUCCUGAGGAGACAUGCUCAGGAUCUGAAGAUGAGGUGGUCUACUCGCUUUAUUUUCCAGGGUCGCUCGUGUGGGCCAAACAAUAUGGACACCCAUGGUGGCCUGGGAUCAUAGAGGCUGACCCUAACUUCGGAGAUUAUCUCCUGUUUUCUUCUCAGAGACAUAUGCUUCCCUCCGAGUACCACGUGACCUUCUUUGGCAACUCCGUAACCCAGGCUUGGGUCUCUGCCUCCAUGCUAAGGAGCUUUGGUGAAGCAAGCAUGGAGAGAAGUAGCUUGGCCAAGCUGAAGAGAAAAGGUGACAAGAGGAAAUUCAAAACUGCUCUCAAGAUGGCAAAAGAAGCACAGCAAAUAAACAUUAAGGAGAGAAUAAGGAUGUUUGGAUUCCACAGUCGAUUCAGUGAGAGAGCGUCACCCCAGAAUGAACAAGAUCACAUCACAAUUGUUUGCAAAUCGUCUGCCAAGAAGAGGGCUCAAGGAUCAGGGGGCGAGAAAAAGAAACCUGCAACACCAAACAAAAGUCAAGAGCAGCUUCUUCCUGGCAGACCAGUGAUGAAACCUGAUGUAAAUGGCAAGAAGAAAAUCAAGACAAAACGGGACAAAAACUUAGCAACUGAAGACCUCCCUCCUUUGUCAAAGAAGAGCCGGAGAGAGGUGCCAUGCCCCAAAGCUGAAGGUUCUAGCAAAGCAAAGAGACAGAAGAAUGGCCAGAAAGGUCUUCGGAAGUCCACUGUGUCACAGCGUAAAAGUAAGAAAGCCAAAUGCCUCAGUUCUUGCACAGAGAAUAGCACCACCGACUUAGCACUCUCCAGUUAUCCAAGCAAGAAAGACCGUUUGGAGAUGGCCAAAAUCUUCCUGAUGGCAGAAAGCAAGGACACUGGGGGCCUGGAGGAACCAUGCGAGUCUAUGGCAUUUGACCAAGAUGGAGAAGAAGCCUUUAGUAGCCAGGAGAUGGACUGUCCCAAUGACUUUUCCUUGGCCUUAUUUGAAGAUUAGUCUUUUGGAUGCAAUUGAGCCACCUGCUUCUGAAACGAAAGAGUCCAGUCCUUAGAGAAAGGAGCCAUAUAAAUAAAGUAAAUGGAUGGUCUCCCUCUGAAGCAGAAAAGGAUUGAUAGCGCUGGUAAGGAUAAAUAGCAUCAAAAGUAACCUUAGAUUAGAGAAACAUACCAAGAAGUGUGGAAAGAAGGCUGUUAACAGUUUUGAUUCUUGAAUUUAAUCCACCUAGGAAGUUGGUGACAGCUUAUUUUUAAACAGGGCUGUAAAAUUUCCUCUUUUCCGUUCGUUGGUUAAACAAGCAGCUUGAAGCAGAAUCAUAAAGAAGACAUAGAAAAUAGAAUUACCUUCCGGUAAAUCUGAACAAUUCACUUAAUGUUUAAUGCAAAGGCAAAACGACAAGGAAAAUGUAGACACGAGUUUUGCCCCAGUUUGUAAAAUGACAAACAUGUUGUUUAUGUUCUUUCAUAUUCUAAGGUGUUAAAGGAAAGAUGUUUCAUUAUAAUUCAGCAACAUUUUAUUAAAAGGUUUGUUUUAACGGAA